AUGCCUCCCAAGAAAGUCAAGGCCCCUCGUGAAGAAGCCACCGUCUCCCUCGGCCCCCAAGUCGCGGAGGGCGAGCUUGUAUACGGAGUCGCACACAUCUACGCGUCUUUCAACGACACCUUCGUCCAUGUCACCGAUCUGUCUGGCAAGGAAACCAUCUCCCGCGUCACCGGUGGGAUGAAAGUCAAGGCCGAUCGUGACGAAUCGUCGCCAUAUGCGGCCAUGCUUGCCGCACAGGACGUCGCGACCCGUUGCCGUGAGGUUGGCGUAACCGCCCUCCACAUCAAGCUCCGCGCAACUGGUGGAACCGGCACCAAAACGCCUGGCCCAGGCGCCCAAAGCGCCCUCCGUGCCCUCGCCCGUGCAGGCAUGCGUAUUGGCCGCAUCGAGGAUGUUACGCCCGUCCCCACUGACUCCACUCGCCGCAAGGGUGGUCGCCGUGGUCGCCGUCUCUGA